AUGAUCGACCGAUACACCCGUUGGCCCGAGGCCGUACCUAUACCCGACGUAUCCGCGGACACCGUAACGCGCGCUUUCGUUGAGCGCUGGGUCGCUUCACAUGGCUCUCUAGCCACCGUGACUACCGACCGCGGUCCACACUUCGAAUCCUCGACCUUCAACGAUCUUCUCAAAGUCCUCGGAUGUCAAUGCAUCCGGACUACUGCCUAUCACCCGCAAUCCAACGGCAUGGUGGAACGUUUCCACCGACAGCUGAAGGCCUCAUUUAGUGCUGCUAAUGCAAUAAGCUGGACCGAAGCACUGCCUAUGAUACUACUUGGUAUCCGAUCAGCUCUUAAAGCUGAUUUGCACACGUCCAGUGCCGAAAUGAACAUCCCGCUGCGACGCGAAUUGCGCUCGGCAGUUAGCCACGAACAUGCGCCAUAUCAAAUAACCGACGUGCGAAAACAACGAUGUAAAUCGUUCGUUCCACAAGAUUUACUGCAUUGCGCUUACGUUUUCCUUCGAGUCGAUAGUCUACGCAGACCACUCGAACGACCCUACGAAGGUCCACUUAAGGUUCUUAAACGUAAAGACCGCGUAUUCGUUAUCGACCGCCACGGUAAACUUGAAAUUGUCUCUAUCGACCGUCUCAAGGUUGCCCAUGUGGAACCUGAGAUCGACGAUGACUCUCGUCCACCUUCGGACGAGUCAACGCAGCCUAUGAUCGACGACCCGCCUACUUCCGAUGCUACGAAGCAUUCUCUGACUAACACUUCCGACUCAGUUCCUGCCGAUUCUGUCUUAAUAAAUUUUUCCUAG